AUGCUUGCACCACAUUUUGCUGAAGAUAUAGACAUCUUCAAUCGACAUAUUUCGCAGCAUCGCAAAGCGGAGGGCGAAGUGGAAUCUUCCAACUACCAGACACUUCUACACGAUGCGAAAGACCCGGUGGUGUAUCUGACUGUCCCAAGGUUUCGCACUGGCCUACCGCCCAACAGUGGAUGUGGAAGAGAGCAACUUGAGAUCGUUGAACAGAUCAUGGGGCCUUUCAAGAGAGAAGUGGUGGAGCUCUAUUUCAAUCACAUUCAUUAUCAUUUCCCCAUCCUAGAUGAAGAGAUGUGUGAGACGCUGCGAACUGGUCAAUACGGCAAAGUACCAAACAACUUAAUGUGUGUGAUCUACGCAUUGGCGUCACCACAUUGGACAAAAUCGGAUACCCUGAAGAUGCACCCCAAACCAAACUCAUACUACGUCUGGAAUAAGGGCAUCUCAGCAACGCUAGAAGACUUUCUCAGCCCCGGAAUGUCUACUAUACAAGCUGCUGUGCUCGAUCAGGUUGGACGGCCUUCGGUUUCUAUUAUCGGCAAUAUCACUCUAUGUGGCCGGACAGUUUCAUUGGCCCAGACAUUCGGGCUACACAGGGAUCCAUCAAAGUGGAAUAUCACGGAGAACGAAAAGUCGGUUCGAAUGCGACUCUGGUGGUGUGUUCUCAUUACCGAUCAGUGGUCUAGUGUUGCAUAUGGCGCACCGCCUUAUGUGUCAAAAGGCUACUACGACGUCCCGCGCCCAACUGUGACGUCGCUUAUUGGUAACAAGGCGAGCUCGCAGCAGAAGCAAACUACUACCUGCUUUAUACAUUUAUGCUCUUUGACGGAGUUGCUUGCGGAAAUCUUGCCUUUCGUCUACCAGAUCAACCCAGAUCGGAUACAGCUUGCCCGGGAGAUUGAUCGUUUCAAGCACGAACUGAACGACUUGGAAGCACAGCUUCCUGAAUGGCUCCCUCUUCCGAACCGUCCAGGCACGCCCAUGCUGUGGCUCUCAUUCCUCUCAAUCAGGCUUGUACUUGCCCGCGUCAUCUUCCGCGCAGCAGUUCUCGAUGGAGAUGGUAGUAUAGGGCGGAACCGGAUGGAUCAACUGCGCAUCGCAUCGUCGGCAGUCCUCGACUUCAUAUUGACAAUGGGUGAGACCCAAUUCCUGGACUUCUGGCUACCCUAUGCGACUCAUCUCUUGGUACACGCCAUCACUGUGUCGCUUCGAUGCACUGUGGAAACUCAAGACCCUGAGAUACGGAACACAUCUGUCGCACGCCUUGAACGUGUCAUUGCGCACAUUCAGCAUGCACGAGACAACUAUGAUUGGGAUCUCGCAAACUAUGUGCUGGAACGGUGCGCUGAUCCUGUGUCGAAGAUCGCAUCGCUAAACGCACGAGAGGUGCCACAGCCGUCGGAAACAGAGCUCACUAGCAUUGUUGCUAAUGGGAAUGGGAGCGAUGUGCCGGUGAUGCCCAACUUUGACGACGCGAGCUUCUUGUUAUCUGACAUAUUGGACCCGAAUGCUUUCGAUUUCUCCUGGGAUGCAUUAUGGGAUACACCGUCUGGAAUGACGAACUUCUCGAUCUGA